AUGGCUAGGAACUGCUCUGAGUGCAAGGAGAAGAGGGCGGCACACAUCCUCUGUACUUACUGCAACCGCUGGCUGUGCAGCUCCUGCACUGAGGAGCACCGGCAUGGCCCUGCCCCUGGGGGGCCACUCUUCCCCCGGGCCCAGAAGGGAUCUCCAGGAGUAAGUGGUGGUUCUGGGGACUUCGCCUUGUACUGUCCUCUACACACACAGGAAGUGCUGAAGCUGUUUUGCGAGACCUGUGAUGUGCUCACAUGCCAUAGCUGCCUCAUGGUGGAACACAAAGAACACAGGUGCAGACACCUUGAAGAAGUACUACAAAAUCAAAGGAUGCUUCUGGAAAGUGUGACUACACAGGUGGCUCAUAAGAAAUCCAGUCUACAGACAUCUGCAAAGCAAAUUGAGGACAGGAUUUUUGAGGUGAAGCAUCAGCACAGGAAAGUGGAAAACCAGAUCAAAAUGGCUAAGAUGGUUCUGAUGAAUGAGCUGAACAAACAGGCCAAUGGGCUCAUAGAAGAGUUGGAGGGCAUUACUAAUGAGAGAAAGCAGAAGCUGGAGCAGCAGUUGCAGAGCAUCAUGGUCCUCAACCGUCAGUUUGAGCAUGUGCAGAAUUUCAUCAAUUGGGCUGUAUGCAGCAAAACCAGCAUCCCUUUCCUUUUCAGCAAAGAGCUGAUUGUGUUUCAGAUGCAGCGAUUGCUGGAGACAAAUUGUAACACAGAUCCUGGAUCCCCUUGGAGUAUCAGAUUCACCUGGGAGCCUAACUUCUGGACUAAGCAGCUGGCUUCCCUCGGCUGUAUAACCACAGAAGGUGGACAGCUGUCCCGGGCAGAUACCCCUGCUUAUGGAAGUUUACAGGGACCAUCAUCCUUCUAUCAAAGCCACCAGUCUACAGCAGCUCAGCAAGAGACUCUUAGCCACCCCUCACACAAGUUCCAUUCUCCAGCACUGUGUUCCUCAUCUGUGUGCUGCUCCCACUGCUCCCCAGUCUCACCCUCCCUUAAAGGCCAGGUUCCCCAACCCAGCAUACAUCAAGCCCAUAGCUAUAGGCAGCCCUCUGAGAUGGUGCCGCAACAGCUGGGGUCACUGCAGUGUUCCACCCUGCUGCCCAGGGAGAAAGAGCUGCCCUGCAAUCCUCACCCACCAAAGCUGCUGCAGCCCUGGCUAGAAACCCAGCCCUCUGUGGAGCCGGAGAGCACAUCUCAGCGUCUGGGGCAUCAGCUGACUUCCCAGCAGGUGUGCAUUGUCUCCCCACAGGAUGUUCAGCCUGGGGCCCAUCCCCAGCCCACCUUACAGACCCCUUCUAUCCAAGUCCAGUUUGGCCAUCACCAGAAGCUGAAGCUCAGCCACUUUCAGCAGCAGCCACAGCAGCAGCUGCCACCUCCACCACCUCUGCCACCUCCACCCCAGCAGCAGCCACCCCCCCUUCUACCUCCUUCCCAGCAUCUGGCUUCUAGUCAGCAUGAGACCCCUCCUGGGCCUGCCUGCUCCCAGAAUGUGGACAUAAUGCACCACAAGUUUGAGCUGGAGGAAAUGCAGAAGGACCUGGAGCUUCUCCUUCAGGCUCAACAGCCCAGCCUGCAGCUGAAUCAGACCAAAUCGCCUCAGCAUCUUCAGCAAACUAUUGUGGGGCAGAUCAACUACAUUGUGAGGCAGCCAGCACCCAUCCAGUCCCAGAGCCAGGAGGACGCUGUGCAGGCUACAGAUGAGCCCCCAGCAUCUGAAGGCCCAAAGCCAGCUCUCUCUCUCGACAAGAAUACUGCUGCUAACUUGCCCCAGUCAUCUGGGGAAGAAACCCCUCACAGUGUCCCCUCACUCGACAGCACCACCCAGCACUCCUCUCCAAAUGUGGUGAGAAAGCACUCCACCUCUGUGAGCAUUAUGGGCUUUUCCAACACUGUGGAGAUGGAGCUGUCAUCUACGAGGCUGGCGAGGGCCCUAGAGCCACAGAUCCAGAGUGUGAGCAGCCUGACUGCUGGCCACCCCCAGGCGGUACCAAGCCUGCUGAGUGGCCCCCCACCGAUGCUGUCCAGCCUGACUAGCAGUCAAAACCAGGCUCUGUCCAGCCUGACAGCCAGUCACCUGCAGACAAUGCCCAGCCUCAUGCGUGGCACAGCCCAGUCCAUGCCCAACCUGAUGUGUGAUUCUUCCCAGGCCAUCACAAGCCUGGCAAGUGAUUACUCUCAGCCUGGGCCCAACCUGAUGUCUGCUCCCAGCCAGGCUGUGCCAAGCCUGGCAGCUUGUUCUCUGCAGAGCAGGCCUCCAGCUUCUGACACGCAGCUGGAUACCAGAGCUAGCGGAAGUCCUGGCCAUGGCCGAGCUGCAGGGAGCCUGUGCCCUGGUGAUGGGGCUGACCCCUCCAUGGGGAACACCCUUUGUAAGGUAAAACUGGAGGAACCAAUUAACCUCUCUGUGAAAAAACCACCUGUGGUCUCAGUGGUCAACACAUCUGUGGCUCUGCAGCAGUACCAGAACCCAAAAGAGUGUGAGAAUUUUGAACAAGGAGCCCCAGAGCUGGAUACAAAAGAGGACCAGAGCAUCAGACCUUACAAUAGUGAACCCAAGAUUCCCUAUGUGCGACUGGAGCGACUCAAGAUCUGCGCUACCUCCUCAGGAGAGAUGCCUGUGUUCAAGCUGAAGCCACAAAAGAAUGAUCAGGACGGGAGCUUCCUCUUGAUCAUUGAGUGUGGCACUGAGUCCUCCAGCAUGUCCAUUAAGGUCAGUCAGAACACCCUGCCUGAUGCCCCAAGUCUGGGAGGAAGAAAGGUCACUGUUACAUCUCUGGCUGGGCAGCAGUCACCAGAGGUGGAGGGGGAAUCUCCCGAAGGACACAGACUCUUUCCUCGAGCUCCUGGAGCCAAGAAGGGGCCCCCAGCACCAAUAGAGAAUGAGGACUUCUGUGCUGUGUGUCUCAAUGGGGGAGAGUUGCUGUGUUGUGACCGCUGCCCCAAAGUGUACCACCUUUCCUGCCACUUGCCAGCCUUGCUCAGCUUCCCAGGGGGAGAUUGGGUGUGUACCUUGUGCCGCAGCCUGACCCAGCCGGAGAUGGAGUACGAUUGCGAGAAUGCCCGCUAUAACCAGCCUGGAGCACGGUCCUCUCCUGGCCUGAGCAUAUCUGACCAGAAGAAGUGUGAGAAGCUCGUACUGUCCUUGUGCUGCAAUAGCCUCAGCCUGCCUUUCCACGAACCUGUCAGCCCGCUGGCCCGGCAUUACUAUCAGAUUAUCAAGAGGCCCAUGGACCUGUCAAUCAUCCGGAGGAAACUGCAGAAGAAGGAUCCAGCUCACUACACCACCCCGGAGGAGGUGGUGUCAGAUGUGCGCCUCAUGUUCUGGAACUGUGCUAAGUUCAAUUACCCUGAUUCUGAGGUCGCAGAGGCUGGCCGCUGCCUGGAAGUAUUCUUUGAGGGCUGGUUGAAGGAGAUCUACCCAGGGAAACGGUUCGCCCAGCCGAGGCAGGAGGACUCAGAUUCUGAGGAGGUGUCUAGCGAGAGUGGGUAUUCCACUCCCCAGGGCUUCCCAUGGCCCCACUACAUGCAGGAGGGCAUCCAACCCAAGAGGCGGCGGCGACACAUGGAGAAUGAAAAAGCAAAAAGAAUGUCUUUCCGCCUGGCCAACAGCAUCUCCCAGGUGUAG